GCCUCGAAGUAGAGGAAAAACUGCAGUGGAAGAUGAAGAUAGCAUGGAUGGGUUGGAGACAACAGAAACAGAAAAUACUGUGGAAACAGAAAUCAAAGAACAUUCUGCAGAAGAGGAUGCCGAAGCAGAAGUGGAUAGCAGCAAGCUGCCAGUCCCUGCUCUUCAGCAGCCGGCGCCUGAGGAAUCUGCAAACUCCCUGGUCUCUGUUGGUAUAGAAGCCAAAAUCAGUGAACAGCUCUGCGCUUUUUGUUACUGUGGGGAAAAAAGUUCCUUAGGACAGGGCGACUUAAAACAAUUCAGAGUAACGCCUGGAUUUAUCUUGCCGUGGCAAAGCCAGCCUGCUAACAAGGACAUUGAUGACAACAGCAGUGGAACCUAUGAGAGAGUACAAAACUCAGCUCCACGAAGACAAAGAGGACAGAGAAAAGAACGAUCUCUUCAGCAAAAUAUGGUGUCUUGUGUAAGUGUAAGCACCCAGACGGUUGCAGAUGAUCAGGCUGGUAAAUUGUGGGAUGAGCUCAGUCUGGUUGGCCUUCCAGAUGCCAUUGAUGUCCAAGCCUUAUUUGAUUCUGCAGGCACUUGCUGGGCUCAUCACCGUUGUGUGGAGUGGUCGCUGGGCGUGUGCCAGGUAGAAGAACCGUUGUCAGUGCACGUGGACAAAGCUGUUGUCUCAGGGAGCACAGAACGAUGUGCAUUUUGUAAGCACCUUGGAGCCACUAUCAAAUGCUGUGAAGAGAAAUGUACCCAGAUGUACCAUUAUCCUUGUGCUGCAGGAGCUGGUACCUUUCAGGACUUCAGUCACUUCUUCCUUCUUUGUCCAGAACACAUUGACCAAGCUCCUGAAAGAUCAAAGGAAGAUGCAAACUGCGCAGUGUGUGACAGCCCGGGAGACCUCUUAGAUCAGUUCUUUUGUACUACUUGUGGUCAGCACUAUCAUGGAAUGUGCCUGGAUAUAGCGGUCACUCCAUUAAAACGUGCAGGUUGGCAAUGUCCUGAGUGCAAAGUGUGCCAGAACUGCAAACAAUCGGGAGAAGAUAGCAAGAUGCUAGUGUGUGAUACGUGUGACAAAGGGUAUCAUACUUUUUGUCUUCAACCAGUUAUGAAAUCAGUACCAACCAAUGGCUGGAAAUGCAAAAAUUGCAGAAUCUGUGUAGAGUGUGGCACACGAUCUAGUUCUCAGUGGCAUCACAAUUGCCUGAUAUGUGACGCUUGUUACCAACUGCAGGAUAACUUAUGUCCUUUCUGUGGAAAGUGCUACCAUCCAGAAUUGCAGAAAGACAUGCUCCAUUGUAAUGUGUGCAAGAGAUGGGUUCACUUAGAAUGUGACAAACCAACAGAUCAUGAACUGGAUUCUCAGCUCAAGGAAGAGUAUAUUUGCAUGUAUUGUAAACACUUAGGAGCUGAGAUGGAUCCGUUACAGCCAGGUGAUGAAGUGGAGAUGGCUGAAUUCACUACAGAUUAUAAUAAUGAAAUGGAAGUUGAAGGAACUGAAGAGCAAAUGGUGUUUUUGGAGCAAGGAGUUAAUAAAGAUGUCAGUGAUCAGGAGUCCACAGCUGGAAUUGUUCCAGAUGUUCAAGUUGUCCAUACUGAAGAGCAGCAGAAGAGUAACCUGCCGGAAAGUUUUGACACAGGUGGCCUUCUCAUUUCUGAAACAUCCCCAAAUAAAAUGAAUUCUGACUUGGAAAAUGAGAUUUCUUGUGGAGUUGCUAGUGAAAAAAUGGAAAUGUCUUCUAAAGUGACACAUCUCCAUGAUGAAGAUCAAAAAGAAGAUAAAAUGGAAGUGAUAGAAAAUGUUGAAGUCCUUACACACCCGACUGUUGUGCAGCAAGAAGAACUCCAGUUGUUACGUGAUGCUCAGAGGGCGGGAUGCAGAGAAGAGUCACGGCCUCCAGCGACAGCCGUUGAAUCUGUCACUGUUCCACCAGCGGCCUUAGCGUCCCCAAGUGAGGAAAGUACUUCGUGUUCUCAGCAACAGUUGAGUAUAGAAAGAGUACGAGAAGAAAUGGAACAGAAAGAGAAUUCUGAACUUUCCACUGGGUUCAUGGAUUUUGAAAUGACUUCUGCAGUUGUGAGUUGUGUGAAAGAUGGUUUAUGCCCUGGAGACAAAUCUGUAAAAUUGCCAUCUGAGGCUGAGUCCUCAUUUUCACCAUCAGCAGACAUAGGCAAGACAGAUGUGUCUUCCUGUCCAGCACUUUCUUCAGACUUGCCUUCACACGCCAUGCUGCACAGUUACUCUUCAGCCCUCAGUUCUUGUGGUAGCAUCAUGCCAACAACGUACAUCUCUGUCACUCCAAAAAUUGGCAUGGGUAAACCAGCUAUUACCAAAAGAAAAUUUUCUCCUGGUAGACCACGGUCCAAACAGGGGGCUUGGAGUACCCAUAAUACAGUGAGCCCACCUUCCUGGUCCCCAGACAUUUCAGAAGGUCGGGAAAUUUUUAAACCCAGGCAGCUUCCUGGCAGUGCCAUUUGGAGCAUCAAAGUGGGCCGCGGCUCUGGAUUUCCAGGAAAGCGGAGACCUCGAGGUGCAGGGCUAUCAGGACGAGGUGGCAGAGGCAGGUCCAAGCUAAAAAGUGGAAUUGGAGCUGUUGUGUUACCUGGGGUAUCUGCUGCAGAUAACUCUUCAAAUAAGGAUGAGGAAGAAAACUCUAUGCACAAUACAGUUGUAUUGUUUUCUAGUAGCGACAAGUUCACUUUGCACCAGGAUAUGUGUGUGGUUUGUGGCAGUUUUGGCCAGGGAGCAGAAGGAAGGUUACUUGCCUGUUCUCAGUGUGGUCAGUGUUACCAUCCAUACUGUGUCAGUAUUAAGAUCACUAAAGUGGUUCUUAGCAAAGGCUGGAGGUGUCUGGAGUGCACAGUGUGUGAAGCCUGUGGGAAGGCGACUGACCCGGGGAGACUGCUGCUGUGUGACGACUGUGACAUAAGUUACCACACUUACUGCCUAGACCCUCCGUUGCAGACAGUUCCUAAAGGAGGCUGGAAAUGCAAAUGGUGUGUUUGGUGCAGACACUGUGGAGCCACAUCAGCAGGUCUGAGGUGUGAAUGGCAAAACAACUACACACAGUGUGCUCCUUGUGCCAGCCUGUCUUCCUGCCCGGUCUGCCUUCGAAACUACAGAGAAGAUGAUCUGAUUCUGCAGUGCAGACAGUGUGAUAGAUGGAUGCAUGCAGUUUGUCAAAACUUAAAUACAGAGGAGGAAGUGGAAAAUGUAGCAGACAUUGGUUUUGAUUGUAGCAUGUGCAGACCAUAUAUGCCUGCAUCAAAUGUGCCUUCCUCAGACUGCUGUGAAUCUUCACUUGUAGCACAAAUCGUCACAAAAGUAAAAGAGCUAGAUCCACCUAAGACCUACACCCAGGAUGGUGUUUGUCUGACUGAAUCAGGGAUGACUCAGUUACAGAGUCUCACAGUUACUGUUCCAAGAAGAAAACGAUCAAAACCAAAAUUAAAAUUGAAGAUUAUAAAUCAGAAUAGUGUGGCCGUCCUUCAAACCCCUCCAGACAUCCAAUCAGAGCAUUCAAGGGAUGGUGAAAUGGAUGAUAGUCGAGAAACAGAACUUAUGGAUUGUGAUGGAAAAUCAGAAUCUAGUCCUGAGCGAGAAGCUGUGGAUGAUGAAACUAAGGGAGUAGAAGGAACAGAUGGUGUCAAAAAGAGAAAAAGGAAGCCAUACAGACCAGGUAUUGGUGGAUUUAUGGUACGACAAAGAAGUCGAACAGGGCAAGGAAAAACGAAGAGAUCUGUGAUCAGAAAAGAUUCCUCAGGCUCUAUUACCGAGCAGUUACCUAACAGAGAUGAUGGCUGGAGUGAGCAGUUACCAGAUACUCUGGUGGAUGAAUCUGUUUCUGUUGCUGAAAGCACUGAAAAAAUAAAGAAAAGAUACCGAAAAAGGAAAAAUAAACUUGAAGAAACAUUCCCUGCUUAUCUACAAGAAGCUUUCUUUGGAAAAGAUCUUCUAGAUACAAGUAGACAGAACAAGCUGAAUUUAGAUAACCUAUCAGAAGAUGCAGCUCAGCUUUCAUAUAAAACAAACACAAACACAGGUUUCUUGGAUCCUUCCUUAGAUCCACUGCUUAGUUCUUCCUCAACUCCAGCAAAACCUGGAACUCAGGGUACUGCUGAUGACCCGUUAGCUGAUAUUUCUGAAGUCUUGAAUACAGAUGAUGACAUUCUUGGGAUAAUCUCCGAUGACCUAGCCAAAUCGGUUGAUCAUUCAGAUAUUGGUCCCGUUGCUGAUGACCCUUCCUCUUUGCCUCAGCCAAGUGUCAGUCAGACUUCACGACCAUUAACUGAGGAGCAGCUUGAUGGGAUCCUCAGUCCUGAGUUAGACAAAAUGGUUACAGAUGGAGCAAUUCUUGGCAAGUUGUAUAAAAUUCCAGAGCUGGGAGGAAAGGAUGUUGAAGACUUGUUCACUGCUGUGCUGAGUCCUGUGAGCACACAGCCAGCUCCAUUACCACAGCCACCCCCACCACAGCUGUUACCAGUGCACAACCCGGAUGUUUUUUCACGAAUGCCACUCAUGAAUGGCCUUAUUGGACCCAGUUCUCAUCUGCCACAUAAUUCUUUGCCUCCUGGAAGUGGAUUGGGAACAUUCUCAGCUAUAGCACAGCCCCACUAUUCUGAUGCCAGGGAUAAAAACCCAGCAUUUAAUACAAUCGCAAGCGAUCCUCAUAGCUCCUGGACACCAUCAGCUCCCACUGUGGAAGGAGAAAAUGAUACAAUGUCAAACGCCCAACGGAGCACGCUGAAGUGGGAGAAAGAGGAGGCUCUGGGUGAAAUGGCCACUGUAGCACCUGUUCUUUACACAAAUAUUAAUUUCCCCAAUUUAAAGGAUGAAUUCCCUGACUGGACCACUCGAGUGAAACAAAUUGCUAAGUUGUGGAGAAAAGCAAGCUCUCAGGAAAGAGCACCCUAUGUGCAAAAAGCCAGAGACAACAGAGCUGCUUUACGCAUUAAUAAAGUCCAGAUGUCAAAUGAUUCCAUGAAAAGGCAACAGCAGCAAGACAGCAUCGAUCCCAGCUCUCGAAUUGAUUCAGAUCUUUUUAAAGAUCCGUUAAAGCAAAGAGAAUCGGAACAUGAACAAGAAUGGAAAUUUAGACAGCAAAUGCGUCAGAAAAGCAAGCAGCAAGCUAAGAUCGAAGCUACACAGAAGCUAGAACAGGUGAAAAAUGAGCAGCAGCAGCAGCAGCAGCAGCAACAACAGCAGCAGCAACAGCAGCAGCAGCAACAGCAGCAGCAGCAACAGCAGCAGCUUGGUGCUCAACACCUUCUUGUGCCAUCUGGUUCAGAUACUCCGAGUAGUGGGGUACAGAGUCCCUUGACACCCCAGCCUGCCAAUGGAAAUAUGUCUCCUGCUCAGACAUUCCAUAAAGACCUGUUCUCGAAACAGCUACCCAGUACCCCAGCUUCCACGCCUUCAGAUGAUGUGUUUGUCAAGCCACAGGCCCCACCUCCUCCUCCUACCCCAUCCCGAGUUCCCAUUCAGGAUGGCCUGUCUCAGUCUCACAUGUCUCAACCGCAUUCUCCACAGAUGUUUUCACCUGGAUCUUCUAGUUCCCAACCUCCAUCUCCAGUUGAUCCUUAUACAAAGAUGGUUGGUACUCCCAGACCCCCUCCUGGGGGCCAUAGUUUUUCCAGAAGAAAUUCUGUUGCUCCAGUGGAAAACUGUGUGCCCUUAUCAUCAGUACCAAGGCCCGUUCAAUUGAGUGAGACACCACCCAACAGACCAUCCCCAGUCAGAGACUUAUGUUCUUCCUCUGCAACAAAUAAUGACCCCUAUGCAAAGGCUCCAGAUACACCUAGGCCUACGAUGACAGAUCAGUUUCCCAAACCUUUAGGCCUGCCCCGGUCUCCUAUGGUUUCAGAACAAACUCCAAAAGGUCCUCUAGCAGCUGGAACCAGUGAUCACUUUACUAAACCAUCUCCUAGGGGAGAUGCUUUUCAAAGACAGCGGAUACCUGACCCAUAUGCACGACCCUUGUUGACAUCUGCCCCUGCCGAUAGUGGCUCUGGACCUUUUAAGACCCCUUUGCACCCUCCCCCAUCCUCUCAGGAUCCUUAUGGAUCGAUGUCACAGGCAUCAAGGCGACUGUCUGCUGACACUUACGAAAGGCCUUCCUUGACACCAAGACCUGUAGAUAAUUUUCCUCAUAGUCAGUCAAGUGAUCCCUAUAGUCAGUCUCCCCAUGUCCCACGUGCAACAAUGAACGAAUCUUUUGCCCAUUCUUCAAGGGCUUUUUCUCAGCCUGGAACCCUGUCAAGGGCAGCACCUCAGGAUCCAUAUUCCCAACCUCCAGGAACACCACGACCUGUGGUAGAUUCUUAUUCCCAGCCCUCGGGAACAACUCGAUCCAACCCGGACCCUUAUUCCCAACCUCCUGGAACUCCCCGGCCUACCAGUAUUGAUCCAUAUAGUCAGCAGCCGCCAACCCCCAGGCCUUCUACUCAGACAGACAUGUUUGCUACAUCUGCAGCUAAUCAGAGGCACUCUGAUCCAUAUUCUCAUCCUCCUGGGACUCCAAGACCUGGAAUUUCUACUCCCUAUUCUCAACCACCAGCAACACCAAGACCAAGAAUUUCCGAGGGUUUUACCAGGUCGUCAGGUACAAGACCAGCCCUCGUGCCAAACCAGGAGCCUUUUUUGCAAGCAGCACAGCACCGAGCACCUCCUUUACCUGGCUCUUUGGUGAGGCCACCUGAUACGUGCUCCCAGACGCCUAGGCCGCCUGGGCCUAGCCUUUCAGACACAUUCAGCCAUGCUUCCUCAUCUGCUGCUCGUGAUCCCUAUGAUCAGCCUCCAAUGACUCCAAGACCUCAGUCUGAUUCUUUUGGAAGCAGUCAAGUUGCUCGUGAUGUCCCUGACCAGCCAGGGCCUGGUCCAGAGGGGGGCUUCAGCACCUCUGCAAACUCUCCUACGAGUUCCCAGGGCCCACAGUUCUCCAGCACUGCCCAGGUUCCUGUUCCUGUGCCAACUUCAGGAGGAGCUGACACCCAGAACACUGCGAACAUGUCUCAGGCGGGUACAGAGAAACUGAGGCAGCGACAGAAGCUACGAGAAAUCAUUCUCCAGCAACAGCAGCAGAAGAAGAUUGCUAGUCGACAGGAAAAGGGGCCUCCGGACACAGCAGCAGUGCCUCACCCAGUGCCCCUUCCACACUGGCAGCCGGAGAACAUCAACCAGACCUUCAGUCGCCCUCCACCUCCCUAUCCUGGGAGCAUCCGGUCACCCGUGGUCCCUCCUCUUGGACCUAGAUACGCUGUUUUCCCCAAAGAUCAGCGUGGUCCCUAUCCUCCUGAUGUGGCUGGCAUGGGGAUGAGACCUCAUGGAUUUAGAUUUGGAUUUCCGGGAAGUAGUCAUGGUACCAUGUCAGGUCAGGACCGCUUUCUUGUGCCUCCUCAGCAGAUACAAGGAGCUGGAAUUCCUCCACACCUGAGAAGAUCAAUGUCUGUAGAAAUGCCUAGACCUUUGAAUAACUCACAGAUGAAUAAUCCAGUUGGACUUCCUCAGCACUUUCCGCCUCAGAGCCUGCCAGUUCAGCAGCAUAACAUACUGGGCCAAGCAUUUAUUGAACUGAGGCACAGGGCCCCAGAUGGAAGGCCACGGCUGCCCUUCCCUUCGACUUCUGGCAAUGUUAUAGAGGCAGCUCCUCAUCCAAGACAUGGAAACUUCAUUUCUCGGUCAGACUUUCCAGGCCCAAGGCACACAGACCCCAUGAGACGGCCUCCCCAGGGUCUACCUAGCCAGCUCCCUUUGCCUCCAAAUUUGGAACAAGUACCAUCACCUCAGCGGGAGCAAGGCCAUCCUCUCCAUGGGUCUUCUAUGGUCAUGAGGCAGAUGAAUCAUCCCUUAGGUGGUGGAUUUUCUGAGGUUCCUUUGUCAGCAUCUGCACCAGCCGAAGCAGCAUCUGAUAAUUUACAGAUAACCAACCAGUCUUCUGAUGGUCUGGAAGAAAAACUUGAUUCUGAUGACCCUUCUGUGAAAGAACUGGAUGUGAAAGACCUUGAGGGGGUUGAAGUCAAAGACUUAGAUGAUGAAGAUCUUGAAAAUUUAAAUUUAGACACAGAUGAUGGCAAGGGAGAUGAGUUAGAUACUUUAGAUAAUUUGGAAACUAAUGAUCCUAACCUAGACGACCUCUUAAGAUCAGGAGAGUUUGAUAUCAUUGCAUACACAGAUCCAGAACUUGACCUGGGAGAUAAGAAAAGCAUGUUUAAUGAGGAACUAGACCUUAAUGUUCCAAUUGAUGAUAAGUUAGAUAAUCAGGGUGUAUCUGUUGAACCCCCCAAAAAAGAGCAAGAAGACAAAAUGGCGGUUCUCCCUGAGAACGAUUUAUCGCAGAAAAAAUCCACUGUUGUCAAUGAGAUAAAAACAGAGGUCCUGUCUCCAAAUUCUAAAGAGGAAGCCAAAUGCGAAACUGAGAAAAGCAAUGGGAGUAUAGAUGAUGUUGACCCUCCUUGCUCUCAGGCUUCUGCUCACACAGACCUAAGUGAUGGGGAAAAGGCUUCUUUGCUACCAUCUGAUCCAGACUUACUUGAGAAAAGAGCUAAUAGAGACACGGCUGGCUCUAGUGCAAAUGUCAUUCAAGGUUCCACUCCGCUGCCUGCUCAGGACGUAGUGAACUCUUGUGACAUAACUGGGUCAACUCCAGUCCUCUCAAGUUUACUUGCCAGUGAAAAAUCUGACAGUUCAGACAAUAGGCCUUUGGUGUCUCCCCCACCAGCUCUGCCAGCCUCCCCAUCUGGCCGUGUAUCGAGUUUGCCUUCUACCUUAAUGGCGCCACCUGGCCCUGGCUUGGACAAUGCCGUGAAUUCUAAUGUCACAGUGGUUCCUAGGGUAAACCAUACUUUUUCUCAGGGUGUGCAGGUAAAUCCAGGAUUCAUUCAGGGACAGUCAACAGUUAACCACAAUUUGGGAACAGGAAAGCCUACAAAUCAAAGUGUCCCUCUCACAAGUCAGUCUGGUACCAGUGGCCUCUCUGGACCCCAGCAGCUGAUGAUCCCUCCUCAAACGUUAGCCCAGCAGAACAGAGAGCGGCCCCUCCUUCUAGAAGAGCAGCCACUGCUGCUACAAGAUCUUUUGGAUCAAGAAAGGCAAGAACAGCAGCAGCAAAGACAGAUGCAAGCCAUGAUUCGUCAGCGAUCAGAACCAUUCUUCCCCAAUAUUGAUUUUGAUGCAAUUACAGAUCCUAUAAUGAAAGCCAAAAUGGUGGCCCUUAAAGGCAUAAAUAAAGUGAUGGCACAGAACAAUCUGGGCAUGCCACCAAUGGUGAUGAGCAGAUUUCCCUUCAUUGGCCCGAUGGCGGCUGGAGCACAGAACAGUGAAGGCCAGACGCUCAUGCCGCAGGCCGUCGCUCAGGAUGGCAGUAUAACACAUCAGAUUUCUAGGCCUAAUCCUCCAAAUUUUGGUCCAGGCUUUGUCAAUGACUCACAACGCAAGCAGUACGAAGAGUGGCUUCAGGAGACCCAGCAGCUUCUUCAGAUGCAGCAGAAGUACCUUGAAGAACAGAUUGGUGCACACAGAAAAUCCAAGAAGGCCCUUUCAGCUAAACAGCGCACUGCCAAAAAGGCAGGGCGAGAAUUCCCAGAGGAAGAUGCAGAACAGCUUAAGCACGUGACUGAGCAACAGAGCAUGGUUCAGAAACAGCUGGAACAGAUUCGUAAACAGCAGAAAGAGCAUGCUGAGUUGAUUGAAGAUUAUCGGAUCAAGCAGCAGCAGCAGCAGCAGCAGCAGCAGCAGCAGCAGCAGCGUGCAAUGGCCCCACCUCUCCUAAUGCCUGGCGUCCAGCCCCAGCCGCCUCUUGUUCCAGGUGCCACUCCACCUGCUAUGAACCAGCCCAGCUUCCCAUUGGUGCCGCAGCAGCUGCAGCACCAGCAGCACACGGCAGUCAUCUCUGGCCACACCAGCCCAGCUAGGAUGCCCGGUUUACCUGGAUGGCAGUCUGCCAGUGCUCCUGCUCACCUCCCACUGAAUCCUCCCAGGAUUCAGCCCCCGAUUGCCCAGUUACCCAUAAAAGCUUGCACACCAGCCCCAGGGACAGUGUCAAAUGCAAACCCACAGAGUGGUCCACCACCACGAGUAGAAUUUGAUGACAACAACCCUUUUAGUGAAAGUUUCCAGGAACGGGAACGGAAGGAACGUUUACGAGAACAGCAAGAAAGACAACGCAUCCAGUUGAUGCAAGAAGUAGACAGACAGCGAGCUCUGCAGCAGAGGAUGGAAAUGGAGCAGCAUAGCUUGAUGGGCUCCGAGCUGGGCAGCAGAACUGCUGUGUCUCAGAUUCCGUUCUAUGGGUCUGAUCGGCCUUGUGAUUUCAUGCAGCCUCCGCCACCGCUGCAGCAGUCUCCACAGCACCAACAGCAGAUGGCCCAGGUUUUACAGCAGCAAAAUGUACAACAAGGAUCUGUUAAUUCAUCUCCCACCCAAGCUUUCAUGCAAACCAAUGACCGAAGGCAGGGGGCACUUACCUCCUUUGUUCCCGAUUCACCAUCUGUCCCUGGUGGAAGCCCAAACUUCCAUUCUGCUAAGCAGGGACAUGGAAAUCUUUGUGGGACAGGUUUCCAGCAGUCUCCUUUAAGACCUCCAUAUGCACUCGCUUUGCCAGCAACACCCCCAGGAGCUAACAGUCAACUCCCAUGUGGCCAAGACCCUGCAGUAGCCCUUGGACACAGUUAUGGGUCAGCCCAGUCUCUCAUUCAGUUGUAUUCUGAUAUCAUCCCAGAAGAAAAAGGAAAAAAGAAAAGAACAAGAAAAAAGAAAAAAGAGGAUGAUGUAGAAUCCACCAAAGCACCGUCAACUCCCCACUCAGAUAUAACUGCUCCUCCUACUCCAAGCAUCUCAGAAACUACCUCCACUCCUACCAUGAACACGCCUAGUGACCCUCCUCUGCAGGGCGAUUCGGAGCCUGCAGAGCCAGCUGGCCAGCCUUGUACAGAGUUAGAGAACACACUUCCUAGUGGUGAUCUCUCCCAAGGAACUCCAAACCAGCAGGCUUCUGCAAAUCCAGAGGCAGAAAACCUCCCCGUGGAAACCCCUGCCAAAAGUGAAGAGCUAAAACUGGAAAAUGCUGAGACAGAGCCAGGCCCGGGUCUGGAGGAGACUAAAUCAGAGGAGCAGACUGGUAGUAAGGGAGAAGAUAAGUCUGAGGCUGGUUCUGUCUCCUCAGUCCAGAGUCCUCCCCAUUCUGUUGGGGUCCCUGUCACCAAAGCAGAUUCAGGGAAUGAACUUUUGAAACACUUACUGAAAAAUAAAAAGUCCUCUUCCCUUUUAAAUCAAAGACCUGAGGGCAGUUUCUGUUCAGAGGACAACUGCACAAAGGAUAAUAAAAUAGUCGAGAAGCAGAACCCAGCAGAAGGAUUGCAAACUUUGGGGGUUCAAAUGCAAGGUGGUUUUGGAUGUGGCAACAACCAGCCAAAAACGGAUGGAGGAAGUGAAACCAAGAAACAGCGAAAUAAAAGGACUCAGAGGACUGGGGAGAAAGCAGCACCUCGCUCAAAGAAAAGGAGAAAGGAUGAAGAUGAGAAACAGGCGAUGUAUCCCAGCUCUGACUCCUUCACCCACCUGAAGCAGCAGCUCUCUCUGCUCCCUCUAAUGGAACCAAUCAUUGGAGUGAACUUUGCGCACUUUCUUCCUUAUGGCAGUGGCCAAUUUAAUAGUGGGAAUCGACUUCUAGGAACUUUUGGCAGUGCUACCCUUGAAGGGGUUUCGGACUACUAUUCUCAGUUGAUCUACAAGCAGAAUAAUUUAAGUAAUCCUCCAACACCCCCUGCCUCUCUUCCUCCUACACCACCUCCUAUGGCUUGUCAGAAGAUGGCAAAUGGUUUUGCGACAACUGAAGAACUUGCUGGAAAAGCUGGAGUGUUGGUGAGCCAGGAAGUUACCAAGACUCUAGGACCAAAGCCGUUUCUGCUGCCAUUCAGGCCACAGGAUGACUUGCUGGCCAGAGCUAUUGCUCAGGGCCCAAAGACAGUGGAUGUUCCAGCUUCGCUUCCAACACCACCUCAUAAUAACCAGGAAGAGUUAAGGGUACAGGACCACUGUGGUGACCGGGACACCCCUGACAGCUUUGUCCCCUCGUCCUCUCCUGAGAGUGUGGUUGGAGUGGAAGUGAGCAGGUAUCCAGAUCUGUCAGUGGUCAAAGAGGAGCCUCCGGAGCCAGUGCCGUCCCCUGUCAUUCCCAUUCUUCCUAGCACCACCGGGAAGAGUUCAGAAUCAAGAAUGAAUGACAUCAAAACUGAGCCAGGCACUUUAUUUUUCACGGCACCUUUCGGUUCAUCCCCAAACGGCCCCAGAUCGGGUCUUAUAUCUGUAGCAAUUACUCUGCAUCCCACCGCUGCUGAGAACAUUAGCAGUGUUGUGGCUGCAUUUUCCGACCUUCUUCGCGUCCGAACCCCUAACAGCUAUGAGGUCAGUAAUGCUCCAGAUGUCCCACCCGUGGGUUCAGUUAGCAGCCACAGAGGGAACCCAGGUCUGGAGUACCGGCCGCACUUACACCUCCGAGGGCCUCCACCAGGAUCCGCACACCCUCCCAGGCUAGCAGGCUCUUACCGGCUGAAGCAGCCUAGUGUUCCAUUUCCUCCAGCAAGCAGUGGUCUCUCUGGAUACAAGGAUUCCAGUCAUGGUGCUGCAGGAAAAGUGGCGCUCAGACCACAGUGGUGCUGUCACUGCAAAGUGGUUAUUUUUGGAAGUGGUGUGCGGAAGUCUUUCAAAGAUCUGGCUUUUAUGAACAAGGAUUCCCGAGAGAGCACCAAGAGAAUGGAGAAGGACAUUGUCUUUUGUAGUAAUAACUGCUUUAUUCUUUAUUCAACUGCACAAGCGAAAAACCCAGAAAACAAGGAAUCUCUUCCUCCGUUGCCACAGUCACCUACGAGGGAGAUGCCUUCCAGGGCUUUUCACCAGUACAGCAACAACAUCUCCACCCUGGAUGUGCACUGCCUCCCACAGCUGCAGGAGAAGGCCUCCCCGCCACCGUCACCUCCCAUUGCAUUUCCUCCUGCCUUUGAGGCGGCCCAAGUUGAGGCCAAGCCCGAUGAGCUCAAGGUGACCGUCAAGCUGAAGCCGCGGCUCAGGACUGUCCACGGCGGUUUUGAUGAUUGUAGGCCACUGCACAAGAAGUGGAGAGGCAUGAAGUGGAAGAAGUGGAGCAUUCACAUUGUCAUGCCCAAGGGCACAUUUAAGCCGCCCUGUGAGGAUGAAAUAGACGAAUUUCUCAAGAGAUUGGGCACCUCUCUUAGGCCUGACCCUGUGCCCAAAGACUAUCGCAAGUGUUGCUUUUGUCACGAAGAAGGCGACGGGCUGACAGAUGGACCAGCAAGGCUGCUCAACCUGGACUUGGAUCUGUGGGUCCACUUGAAUUGUGCUCUGUGGUCCACGGAGGUCUACGAGACUCAGGCUGGUGCCUUAAUAAACGUAGAGCUAGCACUGAGGAGGGGCCUGCAGAUGAAAUGUGUCUUCUGUCAUAAGACGGGUGCCACCAGCGGGUGCCACAGGUUCCGGUGCACCAACAUUUAUCACUUCACUUGCGCCAUUAAAGCACAAUGCAUGUUUUUUAAGGACAAAACCAUGCUUUGCCCCAUGCACAAACCAAAGGGAAUCCAUGAACAGGAAUUAAGUUACUUUGCAGUCUUCAGGAGGGUCUAUGUUCAGCGAGACGAGGUGCGCCAGAUCGCUAGCAUCGUGCAGCGAGGAGAACGGGACCACACGUUCCGCGUCGGAAGCCUCAUCUUCCACACGAUCGGCCAGCUGCUUCCACAGCAGAUGCACGCGUUCCACUCGGCCAAGGCGCUCUUCCCUGUGGGCUAUGAGGCCAGCCGGCUGUACUGGAGCACACGCUACGCCAACAGGCGCUGCCGCUACCUGUGCUCCAUCGAGGAAAAGGACGGGCGCCCGGUGUUUGUCAUCAGGAUCGUGGAGCAAGGCCACGAGGACCUGGUCUUAAGUGACAUAUCACCCAAAGGUGUUUGGGAUAAGAUUUUGGAGCCUGUUGCAUGCGUGAGAAAAAAAUCGGAAAUGCUCCAGCUUUUCCCUGCAUAUUUAAAAGGAGAAGACCUGUUUGGCUUAACCGUCUCUGCGGUGGCACGGAUAGCUGAAUCACUCCCUGGGGUUGAGGCCUGUGAGAACUACACCUUUCGGUACGGUCGGAACCCUCUCAUGGAGCUGCCGCUUGCUGUCAACCCCACAGGUUGUGCCCGUUCCGAACCUAAAAUGAGUGCCCAUGUCAAGAGGUUUGUGUUAAGGCCGCACACCUUGAACAGCACCAGCACCUCGAAGUCGUUUCAGAGCACAGUGACAGGAGAGCUGAACGCACCUUACAGUAAGCAGUUCGUCCAUUCCAAGUCGUCGCAGUACCGGCGAAUGAAGACGGAAUGGAAAUCCAACGUGUAUCUGGCUCGGUCUCGGAUCCAGGGCCUGGGCCUGUAUGCUGCUAGAGACAUUGAGAAGCACACCAUGGUCAUCGAGUACAUCGGGACCAUCAUUCGGAACGAAGUUGCCAACAGGAAGGAGAAGCUGUACGAGUCCCAGAACCGCGGCGUGUACAUGUUCCGCAUGGACAACGACCACGUCAUCGAUGCAACACUCACAGGGGGGCCUGCAAGGUACAUCAACCAUUCUUGUGCACCUAACUGUGUGGCGGAAGUGGUGACUUUUGAGAGAGGACACAAGAUUAUCAUCAGCUCCAAUCGCAGAAUCCAGAAAGGAGAAGAGCUCUGCUAUGACUAUAAGUUCGACUUCGAAGACGACCAGCACAAGAUUCCGUGCCACUGCGGAGCGGUGAACUGCCGGAAGUGGAUGAACUGAUGCAUUCCUUGCUGUCUCAGCGGGCGGCUUGUCCCUAGGAAAAGGCGACUCAACACACCAUUGGAGAGCUAGUUUUGUUUUCUGUUGUCCAACUUUGGUGGAACAGCUUCUGGAGUGGGGUUUCCUCGGCCUGCAGGUUAAGGAAGCCUGCAGAGCUGCUGGCCAACAGUCCUCGGUGCAGAGGGUAAGCAGAGUCACAGAAGUCCAGCACUUUUGCU